CCCCCGAAAUCGGAGGUCUCAAGGUUGGCAAGUAUGUUUGUGAGUAAGAAGGAAAGCUAAAGCCGAUUAGUAAACGUUCAUUCUUCUUUUACGACGAACCGACAAAGACAGGCUCGAUUUGCUUCUAUUAUAAUAUAUUUUAUAUACAUAUGUCUUCGUUUGUGUCGAAACAACGCGGCGUUCGAAGUGCCUUUGCACGGCAUUAAAAUGGCGGCGUGUCCUGGUUGGAAAUAAACAGCACACAAGCCAUUUGGUGUUUUGCAAUGGCAGAUGUUACGUAUAUCAAAAAAAUACCAAGUCGUACACGGAGGAUACCUGCCUGUUAGUCCCGAUAAGAGGAUGUUAAUGUGGGCGGAUAAUGUCGCUGUUUCGACGGUGUGAGUGCUAAGUUACACGAUGUUUAGCGUGACAAGAAACCCAAUAACAGGACUAUGGAGGUGUCGGGUGGUGUUAGCACUUGGAGUUUAAUGGACUCUCGCAGAAUUUAAAAAAAAAAAAGUUACUAUUAUGGCUUCUCAUGCUGUUCGCCUUGUUUGCACGGUGGCGCUUCACACUUUUUAAAUAGUCUCUUAUGACAGGCGCACCUGUCACUUGUCAAGGUGUCGGCGUCGAUGUCGGCUUCACCCUCACUUGACAAACUUCGGAGCACCACCACGACCAAGGACAGAUCACUAAAUAAGUUGAACCAUGCAGAGCAAGACGUUGCUAAUCAUGGCCUACAUCCGCUUGGGCUUCAUCUUUGGAAUCAUCGCCAUUAUGACCUCUCUCCCCUCGGCCGUCGUGAUUGGCGUCAUCUUCAUCCCAGCAUCCCAAGCUGGCAUCAUUCCGUCUUGGAUGGAGAAAUACUUCCCUUCAUUUUACAACAGACAGGCUACUGAGAACUUGAACGAAAUUGAGAAAUUCAGGCCUCUGAUGAAGAAUGUGAAACAACGUCUGGACAUAAUGGACCAUCAGAUCGCAGAAGCUACAAAAGAAAUUGAGAGACUUGGACCAAUCGUCGACACGCUGAACAAGAACGCCACGGACGAAACCAACGCUGCGGUGGUGUUCUCCGCAUGGUUGGGAGAUAUUGGAUGUACCUUUAAGGCCAGGAAUGAGAACAGAGCAUUGGUCUAUAAGAAUGUUCAGAUCAACAUGGGUGGCGGCUAUGACGCCAAAACAGGCGUUUUCACAGUCCCCAUCAAGGGCCUCUACUUCGUCACCUUGACCUGCGGCACAACUUCUAAAAAGAUUUACGCAUGGGUGGCAAAGAACAACCAAAACCGGAUGGUCGCGGUGGAGAUCAGCAAAAAAAGCAAAUGGAGAAGCGCUACCAACAGCCGGGUGGUGGAACUGGAGGUGGGCGACAAACUCCAGGUUUCCUUGUUAGUCGGCUGUUAUAUUUACGGCUACAAUAAAGAGAGCACAUUCAGCGUUUUUCUCAUCAAGCGCACUUGAACUACAGGUGGGUGCAUCCAUCCUCAUAUUAGUAUCAUUGAUAUAGGGCAGUAUCAGAUGGAUGGUGGAGGGAUGACUCUAUGUGCCCUACAGGUUGGUGCUUGAACUUGUGGUCAAAUAUACAUGGGCAAACUUGUAUUAAUCUGAUAAUAAUCCAGAUUCGAAUGUUAUUAUGUACGUAUGUGGACCCUGAAAAAAAUGAUCUGAUUAUGUAAUGCAUUUUCUUGCAUUGCACCUUAAUUCGGAAUACUUUACGUUGACAUGCGCACCCAAUGCUGCUCUGGCGCCAUCUACUGGACAAGUUUGCUGUCUGCAGGUGCAGAAAAAGCAGUGACUCCCGCGGUAAACAAAUGUAGCUUUGUGCAUUUGUCCGACCUUGUCACUGUAUUUAUCAUGCUUUUUUUUCUGUUCACGACUUUUGUUUUACCUCUCUUUUUGAAAUGGAGCCGCUCCGUGCCUUUUUAUGUUGCAAUAUAUACGGGUUGCUGCCCGUCUUCAUACUAUCACUUUCUGUGUAUGUGUCCGAGGCUCGCAGUUAGCACUUUAAAUAGCUGUAAGGUGGUGAAUAAAACAGCUCGUUAAAAGAUGAAUACCGGAUCCCCUUUUUUUGGUAUAUCGACACAACACUCAAGGA